AAACUGAGCAAUCCCCAGAGAGGAUGGAAAUAGCGAAGCGGCCUAGGGCCUGCCCGCUCCCGCGCAUGCUCCCUGAUUUCACCAGGGUCACGCUGCAGCCCGCAGGAAUGAAAAUCCACUUCUCCGCAUUUUGGAGGUGACCUGGAAGCGGUUCAAAUGCUCUGGCUUCUCAGAAGAGGAGGGGACUGGGCGGUAACGGGGAGCCAAGGGGAGGCGACGGCUCGUAAAACCCGGAAAAGCUUUCCCGAUCCACUCUGCGGGCCUCUGAGCGCCUCCAGACAUGCGCAGUAGCCUCCCCCGCGGUGGCGGCAGUGGAUGCCGUGGCGGCUGAGUGUCCAGAGCCGGACGUUCCCGCCGCUUCGGGCUGGCGGCUGGAGAGCGCCCGCAUCAUGUCGGCCCAGGGGGACUGCGAGUUCUUGGUGCAGCGAGCCCGGGAGUUGGUGCCGCAGGACUUGUGGGCAGCCAAGGCGUGGCUGAUCACGGCCCGCAGCCUCUACCCCGCAGACUUUAACAUCCAGUAUGAGAUGUACACCAUCGAGCGGAAUGCAGAGCGGACCGCCACCGCCGGGAGGCUGCUGUACGACAUGUUUGUGAAUUUCCCAGACCAGCCGGUGGUGUGGAGAGAAAUCAGCAUUAUUACAUCAGCAUUAAGGAAUGAUUCACAGGACAAACAAACCCAAUUCUUAAGAAGUUUAUUUGAAACUCUGCCUGGUCGGGUCCAGUGUGAAAUGUUACUAAAGGUCACGGAACAAUGCUUCAACACGUUAGAACGAUCAGAAAUGUUGCUUCUACUUUUGAGGCGCUUCCCUGAAACGGUGGUGCAACAUGGGGUUGGCCUUGGGGAGGCACUGUUAGAGGCUGAAACUAUUGAAGAACAAGAAUCUCCUGUGAACUGCUUUAGAAAAUUAUUUGGUAAGGAAAAUUGUAUUCUCUAUUACUUCUAUGGUAAAUUAAUAUGCUGGGGUAAGUGUUGGUUCAGGGAUAAGCUCAUAUAUGGAAGGCAAAGGAGCUCUAUGUGUUAUGAAUCGAGUAAGUUUCAUCACUCCUUCUUUUUUAGAAGCUAUGGAGAUAUUUUGCAUAGAAUGAAGGAUCUCUGCAGAUACAUGAACAACUUUGAUAGUGAAGCACAUGCGAAAUAUAAAAACCAAGUGGUGUAUUCUACCAUGCUGGUCUUCUUUAAGAAUGCGUUCCAAUAUGUCAACAGCAUACAGCCGUCUCUCUUCCAAGGUCCUAAUGCCCCGAGCCAAGUUCCACUGGUUCUUCUCGAAGAUGUAUCGAACGUGUAUGGUGAUGUAGAAAUUGACCGUAAUAAACACAUCCAUAAAAAGAGGAAACUAGCUGAAGGAAGAGAAAAAACCAUGCAGAGUUCAGACGAUGAAGACUGUUCGGCGAAAGGAAGAAAUCGUCACAUUGUAGUCAAUAAAGCUGAACUUGCUAACUCCAUUGAAGUGUUAGAAAGCUUUAAAUUGGCCAGGGAGAGCUGGGAGUUGCUCUAUUCCCUAGAAUUCCUUGACAAAGAAUUUACAAGGAUUUGCUUGGCCUGGAAGACGGAUACUUGGCUUUGGUUAAGAAUCUUCCUCACCGAUAUGAUCAUCUAUCAGGGCAAAUAUAAAAAGGCCGAUAGCCAGCCCCUGCAUCACUUAGCAGCUCUGCCAGGGACUCCAGUUUCCAGCCCACGAUCACAAGGGCAGGGGACCCUGGGAGCAUCAAGGACCUAUCCAGGCUGGCGCGCGUGCCACUUUGCGCUAGGGGGUAUACAGAUGACAUGUGAAAAAGUCCUUGAUCUGAUGUGCUACAUGGUACUACCCAUUCAAGAUGGAGGCAAAUCCCAGGAGGAACCCUCAAAAGUAAAGCCCAAAUUCAGAAAAGGUUCGGAUCUCAAGCUCCUGCCAUGUACCAGCAAGGCUAUCAUGCCAUACUGCCUGCAUUUAAUGUUAGCCUGUUUUAAGCUCAGAGCUUUCACAGACAACAGAGACGACAUGGCAUUGGGGCAUGUGAUUGUGUUGCUUCAGCAAGAGUGGCCACGGGGCGAGAAUCUUUUCCUGAAAGCUGUCAAUAAAAUUUGCCAACAAGGAAAUUUCCAAUACGAGAAUUUUUUCAAUUACGUUACAAAUAUUGAUAUGCUGGAGGAAUUUGCCUACUUGAGAACUCAGGAAGGUGGGAAAAUUCAUCUGGAAUUACUGCCCAAUCAAGGAAUGCUGAUCAAGCACCACACGGUAACUCGAGGCAUCACCAAAGGCGUGAAGGAGGACUUUCGCCUGGCCAUGGAGCGCCAGGUCUCCCGCUGUGGAGAGAAUCUGAUGGUGGUUCUGCACAGAUUCUGCAUUAACGAGAAGAUCUUGCUCCUUCAGACUCUGACCUGAGUGGAGACCUGUCCACCAGACACAGCUCGGGACUGUGUAAUUUUAGGAGAAGAUACCCAGCAGUGAUUGACGUGGCACGCAGCCGCGGUCACUGUUGCUGUUACAAAGAAGAAAACCAGCUGAGUUCUAACUCCUUGGUUGCUUAAAAGUAGUUCCCAAGAGUCUGAGAAGCUAUCUCUAUUUUUAAGAGUCAUUUUUUGUAAUUUUGUAAAACAAAGAUCCAAUCUGUUUUGUAAAUAAAAAUCAUCCUAAAAUUUGAA